CUGAAAGACGAUGGAAACACGUCAUUGAUUUUGUUGUAAAGGCUGUUGUCAAUUAAUGUAUUCUCGGUCAUCUUCAGCUAUGGAAAAGCUUGUAUUCAUCUCUACAUGUUCUAGUGCACACAGAAUCACACUUGAUGUGCUGAAGAUGAGUCCGCAAGCUUCAUUCAGGUGUGAGAGUCUCUGUAUCAGCAAGAUGCUCCAACAGUGUGACGGCUGAAAUUGGACACAGAUGCUGGAGCGGAUCAAUUGAACACAAGCUAUUUAAACAGUCAGAUCUCAAAGCAAGAGUAUCCACAGCACGAGAUUCACUCAGUGCCAAGAUGUUUUGCAUUCUGACCAUCUUUGCCACCAUUUUCACAGCUUAUGUUGUGACAGGGGACAACCUGACUCAAAACUACAACCCAAAUGUCCUUAAUGUGGCAAACUAUGCCAUGGACUUCCAUAAUCGCAUGAGCAACUACCCAUAUGCCUUUAAAGUAGUGGAUAUCUUAUCAGACACAGCGCAACUGUACCCUCCGGCUCGAGUUAAGUACAUCUUAAAGAUACAAGCUGCCCAGACGAUCUGCAAGAACCAAGCGAAUGUGAAUAUUACAGAAUGUCCUUUACAGACUAAUGCAGAGAGCAUGAUCUGUUCCUUCGUUGUGUUUGCGGUGCCAGGAAAUGACAUUAUCCCCAAACGCCUGCUUUCAGAUCAUUGUUCCUGAUUGGAUUAGAGAACUAUGAUACUAGUGUAGUGUGUAAUAAAGUGUUUUCUGAUAUUAAAAAAAUCAUAUCAAGUUUGUUUCACAAGCAUUAGUAAACUAUACUUCUCCAGUCACUAACACAAUAGCCUGCAUGUCUAAAUUAUCAUGUAACAUGUUGUGAAUCCUUGAAGUGCCAUGUGGUGUUGCAAUAUUACAAAUAAAUAAAAAUGCAUGGUUUUAUAUAAA